AUGAAUAUGAGUACUAAAACAAUGAAAUCUCUCUAACAAAGUAAUUAAAAAAAUUAAUUACUGCCUGAUGCAUUUUCUGAUAUCAACUUCUAUAAAUAUCGUAGUCAGUCUAAUACUGAAUAAUACACUCCAAUCAAGGGAUUUCAGAUUGUUAAAUUAAGAGGUCCUUCUCGAUUAUCAGUUUAAUAAUCUUAAUAAUCUAUUAAGAGUGUUAAAAGCAUUAAAAAAAGAAAUAAUUCUCAAAGCAAUGUCGGAAUUGAUCUCUUUAAACAUGUUACUGAAAUUGAUGAUAGUGAAAUGCAUGAAAAACUUAUGAAUCUUUUUGAAAUUGAUCAAAAAAUGCGUAAGAACUUAGAAAUCAAUAGAAUGAUAGUGCAAGAUAAAUAAUAAUCAUCAGCUUAAAUUGAUGAGGUCUAUUAAGAGAUUUUAUUAAUGUUAAACAACACUAUCGAAAGAAUACAUCAAUAUAUUAAUGCAAAUAAUCUCGAGCGCUCGAACUUAAAAAAGGCACAUCGUAGAACUGCUAUUGAAAUAGAACAUUAAUUAUAAGAGUUUAUCAAUAUGAUGUUAACUGCUAUUUCAAAAAGGGAUAUGACUUUGGCAAGAUUAACAGAGAAUGCUUGGAAACUAAUUUGUGUUGCAAUAGAAAUGAUAUUACAAAAUGGGAAGGCAGAAUAAGAAUACAUUCAAUAAGAAGUAUUAAAUGAAUUAUAAUAAGAAGUUGUAUAAUUAAAAUAAGAGAAAGAAGAUAUCUAUCAUAAAUAUAUGGAAGUCUCUGAAUUAAAUAAUAAAUUAACUUAAUAACAUAAAUAAGAAAUCAAUAUUUUAACUUAUUAAUUAAAUAUGGCAAGAGUAGAAUUUAAUGAUUAUAAAUAAAAUCAAGAAGCAUAAAGUACAUUAGAAAAUGCUACUGGAAGUCUUAAAGAUGUAGAACUCAAUUUAAAAGAUACUCAUAAAAUAUUGAAUAAAAUUGAAGAGAAUAUAAGUAAUAGAGAUACUUAAUAUUAUCAAACAUUAAAGUCUGUUGUUUAAUAACAUUAAAUGGAUAAGGAGAGUCAAAUGAAUAAGGCAUAGAAGUUAAUUAAUAGAUAUUAAUUAAAAUCAUUAAAUACUAAAUAAUGCAUAAUUGCUUCAGAAUAUUUCAAUCAUCCAUUUGUUUAGUAUUUGGAUAUUAAUUUUGAAUAUAAUUAAUAGGAUGAAAAACGUCUAUAAUAAUUGUUUAUUGAUUGGUUUAAUUAGGAAUGUGUAAAACCUCAAUUUGGGACUCAUCCAGCUUAAUAGAGAUUAGAAUAAAUAAGUUCCUAUGAGAGGAAAAGCAAUGCAGAAAGUUUUAUAAAUUUUUUAAUAAAAAAUGAUAGUCUUAAUCAAUUAUAAAAUUGUAUUGCUUAUAUAAGUUAAAACUUAGAAAUGAGUGAUCUAAAUUAAUUAAAUAAAAUAGACAAAUUUAAUAGAUAAUUAUGUAUAUUUUUUGGUGUUAUUUUUUAAUUUGAAGUAACAAAUAUUGAAAUUGAUUUGUUGACUUAUGAUCGGAUUAGAUUUUUAUAUUCAGGUCUUAUGUAAGGAAAUUAAGAAGAAUAAACAUAAAAUUAAAAUAAAUUUUAAUGGUAUAAUUUUGUAGUGUAAAAUUUGAGUGAUUUAUGUGCAUCAAUUUUUUUAGAUUAUUCAGAAAAAGUAGCUAAUUCAUAAUAAACAAUUGUUUAAAUUUUAGUAUUCAUUAUGUAAAGUGAAAGUGAUAAAAGAAAGCAUUAAUUAAAAAAAUUGAUUGAAGAUUUUAAGUCAGUGGAUAUUGAAUUGAAUUUAUAAAGAGAAAGAAUGUUGAAAUUUGUCAAAGAAUUAUGCACAUUUUACAAUUAUCAAUAUAAUUAAUUGUAAGUAAUGUAAUAUGCAUAAGCUUUAUUUGAUCGUUAUAUUCGAGUGUAUCAAACAGGAAGAAAACGUAAUGGUCUUGAGAUUGGAGAAUGGAUUAACUUUAUUCAAGAAUUAUAGUAAAUAUUGAAUAAAUUGAUAUAAAUUAAACCUCAUCUACAUCAUUAAAUCUAUAUGCUUGAAGAUCUUCAAUAUGUAAACAAAGAAUUUUAAGUACAUACUCGAACUUCAUAAAUUGAAAGACGUGAAUCUUAAGUAAAAAAGAAAUGA